AUGCCGACAGAGAAACUUGUCCGAAUCACGACCCUAAUCCCCCGCAAGAAGGGCAUGUCGCAGGCCGACUUCUACAAGCACUGGAGCACCGUCCACGGGCCCAUGGUGGUCGAUUUCAUGAUGCGCCAUGGCGUGGUCGAGUAUCGUCAGUACCACACCACUCCGGAAAUGAAGGCCUUGGGCGAAGCCUUGGCCAAGGCUGCCGGGCGCCCGAUGCUCGAGUACGACGGCAUCAGCGACGCCUAUGUCAGGGACUUUCAGGCGUUCCAGGAGUCCGCGUUCAAGGACCCGGAGUACACGGAGAAGAUCCAGCCCGACGAGCUGAGGUUUAUCGAUGUCGAGAAUAUUCAGAUGACGAUCGGGUACGACUACUGGGUGAUCGAGAACGGGAAGCCUGUCUUGGGGGGACAGGAGAGCGGUCUACCGAAAUGA